AUGAAGUUCUCCGUCGGAAUCGCGUCCCUUAUCGCGAGUCUCGCUUAUGCAGCCCCCUUCAACUCAGCCGUCCAGUCCCGAUCCGAAGCCGCAACAGAACAGCCGUCGAAGCUGCGGCUCAUCCCAGUCCCCAAUGAGAACCGCAAGGCAUUCGGAGUGGGACGGAAUAUUGUUCCGACCAAGAACCUUGAUUUGGCCUGGAAGACCCCCGAUGAGGCCAGUCUUGUCUCUGUGAAUCUUCUCAUGCAGCACCCAGCGGUGAUACUCGAGGACGUUGACGAUGUGAGCGCCGUGGACUGCAUGGGCCAGUCGCGUGUGGCUGUCACGUUCAGUGACAAGGAUGGCUUCAACGAGGCUCUGGCGGAGUGGUCCGGACUCAAUGACAGCUUUGUAAUGGUCACGAACCACAUGGGAGACUGCGACUCCGAGCUUGAACGAUCCUUUUUCGUCGCGGAUACCGACACACUGGCCUCGUUUGAGUCGAACCUGACCAUCGUCGCCAAGGCAGAGAAGAGCGAUGUCUACAGCACAGCCGAUUCGACCGAGAUCAACUUCAACAGCGUGGCGACGGCAACGAACCGGGUCGACAAGCGCGGCAUCUCGCUGGACAAGGAGGGCCUGACCAUCGCGUACGACUGGGCGCUCCCGGAGGACCAGACCAUCGUGGACACGUCGUCCGUCAAGAUCCAGCUCAACCAGGCCGAGAUCAACAACUCGGUGACGUACGCGGGCCACCUGAAGUGGCACCUCCUCAAGGGCGUGACCGAGUUCACCAUCGACAUCGACAAGUCGAUGCACCACCACGCCAACCUGACCAUCGAGGUGGACGGCGUGUACGACCAGUCGUGGUCGUGGUCGCCCGCGGGGCUGACGUACUCGAUGAUCGAGAUCCCGGGGAUCCUGAGCCUGGGGCCCUCGGCGGGCGUGAGCAUCGGCGGCGAGGUGACGGCGACGGUGGGCGGGGCGGUGACGGUGGACAUCACGUCGGCCAUGCCCAACGGCAGCAUCCACCUGGACAUGGUGCACUGGGGCCAGAGCACGUCGUACGGCUGGACGACGGAGAAGCACGCGACGUACAACACGACCGAGACGGCGCAGCUGACGCUCAAGCCCUUCAUCGACUUCACCGUCGAGUUCGCCUGCGACCUGUUCGACGGCCUGCUCGACCUCAGCACGGGCGUCACCGCCGAGCCGGCCUUCCCCUUCAUCACCACCGCCACGGCAACGCAGUACCACAACGCCACGGGCGGGAUCACCUACCCCAACUCGACCGAGACGUGCGACAACGGCCUCAGCGAGGAGAUCGACUUCGUCUUCACCAUCACCGCCUUCGCGACGCAGUUCCUCAGCGUCAAGCUGUACGAGUACAAGGCCGAGCUGUACAAGGGCUGCCUCAACUGGCUCAACUUCUGA